GAAGAAUAUUAAUGUUUUUACGUUACUGUAGAAAUCUAUAUGUGGGUCUAAGCCAGCCGCUUGAUCGUGGCUAACUAGAUUAUGCAAUCCAAUUUAGGUAGGUACAGAGGUACAUGUGUUUUGGAUCCAAACGAUUUUAUUAUUGAGAUCCUAUCGAAAUGGACACUGGGCCUAAACAGAGGAGAGAAAUAAAUCCUCGAUAUGGAGCUAACUUGUUUUCUAUCUUGACAUUCGGGUGGACACUGGAAACAUUUAAACUGGGAUACAGUCGUGAUAUUCAAGACAAAGAUCUCUAUGCACCCCUGCCUGAACAUCGCUCCAAUGUUCUCGGGGAUGCUGUACAAAAAGCUUGGGACCGGGAAGUGCAGAACGCCAGGCGGCGCGGACCAAGAUGCAAACCCAGUCUCUGGAAAGUGCUCAUCAAAGUAUUUGGCACUGAACUCAUGCUGUACGGCCUCAUCUUGGCGGCUAUGGAAUUUCUUAUCAGGUUGCAGCAGCCAUUAUUUCUUGGGCUACUGCUACGUUACUACAGUCCCGUCCAAGAUGAUAAUCAAACGAACAACUCCACGUACUUGUACCGUUUGUUCUCGUACUACGACAUGGAAGGGAGUGUGUCUUGGGGCGAAGCGGUGUUCUUCGCGUUUGGCAUCGUCUUCUGCAGCACCUUCAACAUCAUGGUGCAACACCCCUUCAUGAUGGGAGUCAUGCAUAUGGGGAUGAAGAUGAGAGUUGGCGUCUGCAGUCUUAUUUAUAGAAAGGCAUUGAAAGUGAACAUCCAGGCGAUGACGGAGAGCAGUGGUGGGUUAGUGCUUAACCUUAUGGCAAACGAUGUCAACCGCUUCGACACGGGACCACUCUUCGCUCACUAUCUGUGGAUAGGACCCGUAGAAACCAUGUUGAUGACAGUUUAUUUGUAUCGGGAAAUGGGCAUGGCAGCAGUGUAUGGAUCUCUCAUCAUCAUAGCAGUUAUACCAUUCCAAAUAUUUUUGGGAACAAACACUGCUUACUACAGAAAAGGAACCGCGGAGAAAUCGGACGAGCGAGUGAGACUGAUGAAAGAAAUCAUUAUGGGGAUGGAAGUUAUCAAAAUGUAUACGUGGGAGCAACCGUUUAGGAAAAUAAUUGAUACAGUUCGUCGCCAAGAAAUAUUCUACAUCAAAAUGACAUCGUACAUUAGAGGAGUGAUAAUGUCCUUCAUCAUGUUCACUUCGCGAUUCGGUAUCUUUGUCACGGUGUUGCUGUACGUGACGUAUGUGAACCGCAUCACCGUUGAGAACGUAUUCUUCCUGACCUGUUACUAUAAUAUUACGAAGCAAACUAUGACGCUGUAUUUCCCUCAAGCUGUUGGACAGAUAGCAGAAAUGAACGUAGCUAUACAAAGGAUUCGAGACUAUCUACUGAGUGAAGUCUGUAGUCUUCCUCCCAGACUACAUGUCAACACCCAAGAGGUCCCAACGCAACCAACGCAGAAGAAACGAGUCACUAUCUUAGAACCUAAAAGUUCAGAGGAUCUACAAGCGCCUCAGCCCGGGAGUUCAAAGGAUAAAGAUAAUCCGAAAGAAAAAGUUAGAGAGAUCCGCAAAGAUGAAAUAGCGAUACAGUUUGAUAAUGCUUCGAGCAGAUGGUUGCGAUCAGUGGGUAAAGAUGACGUUUCCAAUUUGGAACUGACGAUUUUCGCUGGGUCCCUUACGACUGUGAUCGGGGCCGUGGGAUCUGGCAAGUCUACGCUACUCCACAUGGUACUGAGUGAGCUGCCCUGCUCUAGUGGCACUAUGCAGACUAACGGAAGCGUUAGUUAUGCCAGUCAGGACCCAUGGCUUUUCGUUGGUUCUGUGAGACAAAACAUUCUUUUCGGCCAGACAUUUCAAAAAUCACGUUACAUGGAGGUGUGCAAGGUGUGCGCGCUCGAACGUGACAUAUCUCUGUUUCCCCACGGAGACAAAACCAUUGUUGGAGAACGUGGCGUGUCCCUCAGCGGAGGUCAACGCGCCAGGAUUAACUUAGCCAGAGCGGUUUACAAAGAGGCGGAUAUCUACUUAUUGGAUGAUCCACUUUCAGCUGUAGAUACUCAAGUCGCUAAACACAUUUUCGAAAGGUGCAUCAAAAGAUAUUUGGCCAAUAAGACCGUUGUGCUGGUAACUCAUCAACUGCAGUUUAUCAAGUCUGUAGAUCAGGUUGUAAUACUGGACAAAGGAAAAAUAAUCGCAGAUGGAGCUUUUGACGAACUUGACGAAAAUGAACUAAAGAUAAUUAAGCUGAUGAACGAAAAUGUGCGUGAAGUACAUGAAGAUGAAAAUAUGCAGGGCGUCCAAAGCACUUCGAUGCUAUUUCAGCACAGUACUUUAAGCUUGCACAGACGGCAUUGGUCUAUGAUGCUCGACAAUAGCUGUGCUGAUCAAAAGCCUGAAGCAGAGGCACAGACCAUUGGUCGAGUGCAAGGUUCAGUGUACCGCGAGUACUUCAUGGCGGGAGCUCCAUUUUGUUUCUUCAUCAUCGUUUGUUUCUUGUUUCUGCUCGCACAGUUUUGUGCCAGUGCUUGCGAUUAUUGGAUCAGUUUGUGGAGUAACGUCGAGGACCGAUUGUCGGGAGACCCAACAACGGACGUUCUCAUAUGGGCAGAGUGGGGGUUGGGACGAAGGGAGUUCGUUUAUAUUUUCGGCAUAAUUACUUUGGCAACAAUCAUGGUCGCUUUGAUACGAGCGUUCUUUUUCUUUUCUUUGUGCAUGAAAUCUUCUAUCAAGUUACACGACCAAAUGUUUGAAUCUAUUUCGCGAUCGCCGAUGAGCUUCUUCCAUAGCAAUCCGUCAGGAAGAAUUCUGAAUAGAUUUAGCAAAGAUAUGGGCGCUGUAGAUGAAAUGCUGCCACAAGCUAUGAUUGAUUGCUUUCAGAUAAUAUUAAACCUGGCAGGAGUCCUAUUGGUGAUAUUGAUGACAGACAUCACUCUUUCGAUUCCUAUCGCAGCUGCAAUGGUGAUAUUCUAUAUCUUCCGCGUGAUCUACAUCAGAACUACUGGAGCUGUCAAGCGGCUUGAAGGAAUCACCCGCAGUCCUGUCUUCGGUCACGUGAACGCCACGAUCCUCGGUCUGGCCACCAUUCGAUCGUUUGGCGCCGAGUUCCUCCUAGCCGAGGAGUUCGAUCGUCAUCAGGACCUGCACAGCGCCGCUUGGUACCUCUUCAUAACCUGCAGUCGGGCGUUCGGAUACUUUUUGGACCUCAUCUGUUUGAUGUUCAUCAUGUGUGUCACUUUCAGCUGUUUAAUGAAGACGGAUAUGGACGGCAGUAACGUCGGUUUAGCGAUCACUCAAUCCAUAUCCCUAACUGGUAUAUUCCAAUGGGGCAUGCGACAGUCAGCCGAGAUGGAGAACCAAAUGACCAGCGUUGAGCGAGUGCUGGAGUACACUAAACUGCCUCAGGAGUCUGGCUUGAGAAGUUCUCAAGACAAGAAGCCCCCGGCGGACUGGCCAGCAGAGGGCGCGAUAAACUUUGAUAACUUGAGUCUGAAGUACUCUCCCGAUGGAAGCUACGUGCUGUUUAAACUAAACGUCUCCAUUCGACCUCGGGAAAAGAUCGGCAUCGUUGGUAGAACGGGCGCGGGCAAGUCGUCCAUCAUACAAGCGUUGUUCCGAUUGGCGUACUUAGAGGGAACAGUCACUAUAGAUGGCGUUGAUAUCACUAGUAUCGGACUGCACGAUUUGAGGGAGAAGUUGUCUAUUAUUCCUCAAGAGCCAGUACUGUUCAGCGGUACAAUAAGAAAGAAUUUGGAUCCAUUUGACCAAUAUCCCGAUGCGCUGCUAAUAAAAGCUUUAAACAAUGUUGAAUUGCAGGCAGAGGGAGACGAGGAUUCUCUAUACAAGCAAGUAGCAGAAGGCGGUUCGAACUUCAGCGUGGGAGAGCGUCAACUCGUAUGCUUAGCCAGGGCGAUUGUACACAACGAUAAGAUACUGGUGUUAGACGAAGCAACGGCCAAUGUGGAUGCACAGACCGACAAGCUCAUACAAACGGCUAUCAGGCUGCACUUCAAUCAGUGUACCGUGCUCACUGUGGCACACAGGCUCAAUACUAUUAUUGAUUCUGAUAAGAUAUUAGUGCUAGACGCAGGUCGUCUGAUGGAGUUCGACCACCCACACAUACUCCUGCAGAAUAAGAAGGGAUAUUUCCGCAAGAUGGUCUCGGAGACCGGCAUGAAUAUGGCCUCGCUUUUGCACAAGCAAGCUGCACAGAGUUACAUGAAAAUGCAGGAAGAAAAUGUCUCAAAUUAAACGCUCAAGAUUAUAUUUG